AGUCACCUGGAGCGAUUAGAUCGUGAUAUCUCAGGAUGCUUCGACAGCUGAUCUUGCUCACCGCCGUCUGCGGCGUCCUCGGCGGCGACUUCGCCAAGAAGUAUGGAUUCUCCAAGGCGAUGACGAGUUGCUUGGGCGAGGACUUGUACUACGGCUGGAGGAACCACGUGUUCGAGGCAGAGAAGGCGUGCGAGGCGGAAGAGACAUUCCUUCCCAAGCAUGGCGACCACGACUCUGAGGAGGAGAAGAGAGGUGAAUACGUCAACCAGCCAGUCCUCGUUUUCCUCAGCCCUCAGGAGCGGCCUCAGGGCUUCAAUUUCCCUUUCCUGCAGCGACAGAAGCGUGAAGUCGUGUACGACGCGCCUGUUGUGGAGAAGAUGGUGGCGAAGGUGAAGGCAAAGAUCGGCAACAUCACUUGCGUUUUGAAGAAACUGAACUAUCUGGAAGAGGACUUUGACGUGAACUACGACUUCUUGAGGGAGGAACUGCGAACGUCCGUCUUGUUCGAAGCUCUGGACGGCGGCGUGAAGGCGGAUCUCAUCGCGGCGCUCGAUUACUGCGAGGAAUUUACGCAAUACCUUCCCCUUGACAAGUCCCCGAUGCCCAAGAAGCUGCAGAAGAUGCUUGCCUUCCUGAAGUGUGAAAGGAAAACCCGACUGGGCGUGUGCAUGAAGCACGACUUCAUGAAGCACCUGGACAAGUUCGACGUGUCUGGCAUCCAGAAGGAGGGCGAGGGCGAGGGCGAGGUGGCAGAGAAGCUCGUCCACCUCAUGUGGGGCCUCGACGCCGACGACGAACUCCGGCUCUACUGAAGGGCCGCUCGAGUCGAAAAGGCGUCGAUGCUCUCUGAUUCACAGUGACGCUUUCAUGGAAAAGCACAGAGGUUAUGCGUAUGGUCCACUGCAUGGUUUGUGAGAUCAACAUGAAAUGACUAUGAAUUAUACAACAAUGAUAAUAAACGUGAAACUACACUAUAA